CCAUCCGCUCAAUAAUUGAGUUAAUUUUUAUAAUACAAACAUUUACGCAAGCUGAAUCCGAAAGAAUUCGGAUCGAUCUGCGUCUGACUGCAAAGCCAUUCCUCUGUGGUUUUGGAAUCGUUCUCAUACAAGAAAACAGGGAAAAACGUAAUUGCGGUUUCUAGCGGCGAUGACGACAGCUGCAAGGCCAACUUGGGCGCCUGCAAAGGGAGGACAUGAACAGGGCGGGACUAGAAUCUUCGGCCCCUCUCAGAAAUUUUCCUCCAGAGAUCUUGCUGCCCACACAAACCUCAAAACCAGGCAUGAAGGCCAAGAUACUCAAGAUGAACUCCGUAAAAGAAACCUCAGGGAGGAACUUGAAGAACGAGAACGUAGGCACUUUUCAAAGGAUAAGGGAUAUGUUGAUGAUAGAGACCACAGAAAAGGACCAAGUGCAGGGAAUCUUUACCUUGAAGGUUCUAAAAGAGAACCUGAAGACAGAUUGGCUCCUCGUAAUAUAGAUGCUGAUGAUUCUGAUGUUGAUGUAAAAAGUGAUUCAGAUGAAAGUGAUAAUGAUGAUGAUGAUGAGGAUGACACAGCAGCUCUAUUGGCAGAAUUAGAGCAAAUAAGAAAUGAAAGAGCUGAAGAGAAGAAGCGCAAAGAUCGACAAAAGCAAGAAGAGGAGUUAAAAGUAAAGGAAGCCGAACUGAUACGUGGCAACCCAUUGUUGAAUCCUACUUCUUUUAAUGUGAAGAGGAGAUGGGAUGAUGAUGUUGUUUUCAAGAACCAAACACGAGGUGAAGCAAAGGUUCCAAAGCGAUUCAUCAAUGACACUAUCAGAAGUGAUUUUCACCGCAAAUUUUUGCAUAAGUACAUGAAAUAAUGCGCUUACAAACAAAAUGUUAAGCGAUAUGGUGUAUAUUUUAUCUUUGGUGUAAACUCAUCAGCAAAUUGAAGCUUUGGAUAUCGUUCUCAGGACUCUCACAUGUGGAUUUAGAAAAGAUGCAAAUUGAUGGAACUAUAGUGGAAUAUUUGAUAUUAGCAAGUUGUCAAGAAUUUCUAAUUAUGUGGACUAAUUUCUGGGAAUUUAGCUGUGUGCUUUACACUCUAAGUUGAAACUGGAUUUCAUAUACACCUUACCAGUUACCAACACUUACCCUUUUCCACUGAUUGUGUAGAAUCUUGAUGAGCUCAAGUUUCUCAGCUUGAACAGUUUGUCUUCCAGGAGCAUUACUCUGUUCUAUCUGGAUUUUAACUCUUUCCUUCAAAAUUUCUGUUAUGGUCAUGAUCAAUCUUUACAUAUGCAAAUUUAUUGAGUGUUGAAAAAUGUUAUGUAAACUUUUUUUGUAGAGUUAAAAAUCAGCAGAAUGCUUCUAUUCAAAUCAA